ACUGUGAAAGAAAUAGAACAAGAGUCAAGAGGUGUAUGUUUGUGAAAUAAAAAUUAAUAAUGUUUAUUUACAUUUUGUAAAAUAUGUUUUAACUUAAUGUUAGAUAAUAAGUUAUAACAAUGGUGGUGAACGCGCCGGACUCACCUACACAAGCAGAAGUGAUUUUUGUCAUUGAAGCUACAUCUGCCAAUAGCGCCUACAUAAAUGAACUGAAAACAAAUUAUAUCGUACCUACACUCGAAUAUUUCCAUGGUGGUGCACUAGAGGAAGGAGUUGGCAGUGGCUCAGUGUAUGGCAUAGUUGCAUACCAGGCGGCAGACUGCCACCCCGGCCUGCCUGUCUCUACCUUUGGACCCUUCACAUGCCCACAGGCAGUUGUUGAGACAGUUGACAAAAUACAGUAUAUAGGUGGUCAUGCAGAAAAUAGAGCCUGUGUAACUGAGGCGCUGACAGCAGCUCUAGCAUGUUUGGAGGAGUUGGGCAGAUCAGACAUCCCGCUGCAUGUGAUACUGCUGUGCUGUUCUCCGCCCUACUCUGCAUACGCUGGGGGAUUGGUGCCACCAGGUGCGCCGUCCACUGUGGAGCAAGCUGCGAGGCUGGUGGGCGAGCGGGGCGCGCAGCUGUCGGUGGCGGCGGCUAAGAAGCUGCCCGCGCUGCUGGCGCUGUACGAACAUGCCGGUGGUGAGCUGCACGCGGCACAACAGAGGAAUUAUGCCAAGGACCCCCGUCAUUUGGUUCUACUGCGAGGUUACAACCUGAAAGAGCGACCGCCGAGUCCAGCGCCGCCUCCCGUGCCUGACAUACAGACAGAUGUCUACGGCCAGCCGCCGGUGCGCAGCGCGGUGCCGCAGGCGCGCGUGCCGCCCGUGCAGUUCAGCCCGCGCGCCGCCGUCGGCCCGCGCGGCAACUGGCUCGCGCCGCCGCGCGCGCCCGCCUACGCCAACUCCGCGCUGCUCACGCAGCUGGCGCAGCCGUCCUACCCGCCGCCGCCCACGCAGGCAAACUUGCAGCGUAUGCAAAUGCAGCCGGGUCCGUCGAGCGCGGUCGUGGGCGCGCCCCCGGGCGGCGUGGGCGUGGGCGUGGGCGCGGGCGCGCCGGUGCCCGUGGGCGUCGUGCCCGCCAUGCAGCGCACGUACAUCUGGAGCGGCGUGCUCGAGUGGAUGGAGAAGGGCAAGACGCCGGGCGACCAGCAGAAGGUCACCAAACAUCUGCCGUGUCAGGUGUCAGCAAACUCGAAGGAUGUGGAGCCGGAGCUGAAGGUGGACACGUGGCCCACCAAGCUGCUGAUGCAGCUCAUGCCCAAGCAGCUCAUCAGCAACAUCGGCGGGCAGUACCUCAAGGACAGCAAGUCCGUGCUGUUCCACCUGCAGCAGAACGAGGCGCUCGACGCGCUCACCAAGGUCAUGGUCAGCGGAUUUGCUGGGUGCGUGCAUUUCUCUCCGAUGUCUUCGCCUCCACAGUGCGACAUCAAAGUACUGAUCCUACUGUACACGUCGGACAAGAAGGCCUAUCUCGGCUUCAUACCCAACAACCAGGCCACAUUCGUCGACAGAUUACGAAAGGUGAUCCAGCAACAAAAGCAGAGCAAACUGCUCACUCCCGGUGGCGCCGCGCCCGGGAUACCUCCUAACAUGCCUAACGCCUCCAUGACAGGUAGCGGAAUGGGUGCGGGCGGUAUGCCUUCUGGGCUAGGGCUCGGGCAAGGACUGGGCGGCGCGCUCUCCGUCCCCAACAUGUCCAAUCAGCAACAGCAGCAGCAACAUCCACAGGGUAUGAUGAUGAGCGGAGGUAUGGGUGGCCAAGUCAACCAAGUAGGCCAAGUGGGGCAAGUGAACCAAGUCGGUCAAGUCAACCAGGUCGGCCAAGUGGGGCAAGUUGGGGGGAAAGGUCCCCGUGGUGUGCCGCUGGAUGGAUUGGAAGCGGCCAGGCAGCAGAACCUUGAGAAGAUACAGCAUCUACAGCAGACCUUGGAGGCGGCGCACCAGCAGGAGGCGCAGUUCAAGUCGCAGAUGGACAUCAUGUCUCACCUGCACGCCGCGCAGCAGCAGGAGCAGCACUAUAAGCAGCUCGAGGAGCAACAGCGCAAGCACCAGCUGCAGCAGCAGUUGCAGCAGCUGCGCGGCGCCGGCCCGCGGCUCAUGCGCCCGCUCAUGCCCACCAACCCCGGCCUGCGACACUUGCUGCAGCAGCAACAGCAGGCGGCGCGCGGCGGGCGGCCGCACAUGUGAGCGGAUAUUGACACGCUAACAACCACAGUACAGGCCAACCAGCGGGUCGGUGCGCCCGACGUCGUCGCAACAGUUCGACGACGUAUCAAAUUAUGAUUUUAUAUAAAAAAAUAUACAAAAAUACCAUAAACAA